AUGAACGAGCCGAAGCGCCAGCGCGCCUCCGCCUCCGAAGCGAGCCGCGGCCCGCUCGUCGUGGCCAUCACAGGGGCGUCCUGCUCGGGCAAGACGACCCUCGCAAGGCUUCUCGUGCAGCGGCUCGCGAGAACUGUGAGCGUUGAGCACGUCGAGCAGGACAAUCACCGGCGGCGCUCAUCCCACAACCGGCUGCCGGAUGGGCGGAAGACGUGGGAGGGCCCUCAGUUCACCGACUUUGCAAAGCUGCACGCAUCGCUGCUCGACGCCCGCUCGUGCUGCGCAUGCGUCGUGGUCGACGGCUACUUGCUUCUCGACUGUUUGCCGGAGACGCGGCAGCUGUUUGAUCACAUCCCGUGGGUCGAAUGCAGCAAGGAGCUCGUGGCGACACGCCGCCAAGCUCGCAAGAACGGCAGGGGUGACUUCCCAACGCAGUGCUACAGGGACGCGCGGGAGUACGUCGAGGCGGCAGUGUGGCCGGCACACGAGGCCUACGUUUCUCGCGUCGAGGGCAUGUCGGCGUGCGAGAGGCUGCCCGCGGGCGAGGGCGAGGACCAGCGGCUGCAGCGUGCGCUGCGUCUCUUUGACGGCUGGCUGGGGGAGCGGAGCCACGCCGCGGCUCCCAGCGGCGGCGGCGGCGUCAGAGCUCGCGGCGCGCGGCAGUACAUCGAGUGCCCUUACAAACACAAAGAGGCGGCCAAGGCACUCGGCGCCAGGUGGGACGCCGGCCAGAAGAGGUGGUACGCACCGAGCGACCUCGGCCCGGCGCAGCGGGGAAGCCUUCUCGCGGCAGCCCGGCGAGGGUGGGCGAGGGUUGGCGGAGGCGGAGGCGGAGGCAGCGGAGGCGGCAGCGGAGGCAGCGGCAGCGGCAGCGGCGGCAACGGAGGCAGCGGAGGCAGCGGCGGAGGCGGAGGCAGCGGGGGCAGCGGGGGCAGCGGCGGCGGCGGCGGCGGCGGCGUGGCGGCGCUCUCGCCCGAGCAGCGGCCCUCUGCGCUGGACCUCGCCGUGCGCGCGCAGGCGCAGGCGCGCUGCGGCUACGCGCACGCGCUGGCCGAGAUCCAGGCGGGCCGCAAGCGGUCCUGUUGGAUCUGGUGGAUCUGGCCCGCCUACUCCAAGGUGCGGACGACAGGAAAGCCGGAGUAUUCGCUGCACGAUGCUGGGGCGGCACUCGCGUGGCUCCACCACCCGACGCUGGGACCGCGGCUGCUCGAGAUCACCCGGGCGGCAGUGCACCUCCUCGAGAAGGGCGCUCCCAGCACGACCGUCUUCGGUUCGGCCGUCGACGCGGAUAAGUUCCACGAGUCGGUCUCCCUCUUUGCCGUCGCCUCUGGUGGGCACCCGGCCGCGCACGCAGAGGGAAACGCGCUGUGUCUGGCCGCGCUGCGCGCCCUCGGGCGGCCGAUACACGCGGAGACGGCACGGCACGCGGCGGCCGGGCCCUUGGCCGCCGUUCCGCCAUGA